CAGACCUCGCACCUGUCCAAAUGUGAAUAUAAAUGGGAAUGAGUUUGCUCGGCCUUCUUUCUCGCUCCCGUAACUUUAUUUGCAUUUCCAGAGUAUACUAUUGCUGAUGAGAAUAAAUCCGCCAACCGCUGCUGACGUAGAUGCGCAUGGUCAUUCACGCGUCAGUAUCAGCGUACAACACUGAAUAACCAUCAGCUUACCUUCAGACUUGUGAGGAAAAUAUAAAAUGGUGCCCUGUGAAACUGUAUGUAAUAUCGGGUGAGAACUGCAUUACAAGGGCAGAUCUGUCACGUUUUUUGUGCAUACGGGAGACAAAAUUCUAGUAGUUUGAACUAUCUGUCCAGUCCCUCGGGGUUUCUGCGUCAGACUUUACGUUUCACACUGGCUUUGGCACGCACCGCUGUGUGCUCAGAAGAAAGGAACGGUUAUUGAAUGAAGACAGCAGCUUUCUGCCGAAAAUUACUCACCAUUUAUCUGAGGAUGCAGCCGUUGUGGGUCAAGUUUUUAUAGGGGCUGACAACGAAGUGUUGAUUGACACCUUUCAAGACCGAUACGAACCCAAAGCAAGCACAACCCAAAGCACAUAAGACUGAAGGGCGCGACGGGACACCUAGGCCUAGCUUGGUCCUAAUCACAUCGAUUGAUUGAUUGACGCAGUCGACUCCUCAACAUGAGGAAGCAGAGCAAAGUGGCCCUGCGGCAGCAGAGCAAAGACAAUGUCACGGAGUCGGUGGCAGACCUCCUGGCCUUGGAGGCGCCCCUGGACUACAAGACCAGUCAGAUGAGCAUGAACGUGCCCGCCGGAGGCCAAGCGCCGAAGACCAAGCAGCCGGACAUCUCGCCUGACGACGAAGAGGACGGACGCCCGGCCUGGAACAACAAGGUCGAGUACAUUCUGGCUCAGGUGGGCUUCUCCGUGGGGCUGGGCAACGUGUGGCGUUUCCCCUACCUAUGCCAGAAGAACGGUGGAGGUGCGUACCUGGUCCCGUACUUCAUCCUCCUCCUCCUCAUCGGAAUCCCGCUCUUCUUCCUGGAGCUGGCGGUGGGCCAGCGGAUCCGUCGCGGGAGCAUCGGGGUGUGGAACUACGUGUACCCUCGGCUGGGGGGCAUCGGCGUCUCCAGCUUAAUGGUUUGUGCUUUUGUGGGGCUUUACUACAACGUCAUCAUCGGCUGGAGCAUCUUCUACUUCUUCCAAUCCUUCCAGUACCCCUUGCCAUGGAGCGAGUGCCCCAUCCGCAGGAACGGAACGCUGGCCUAUAUUGAGCCUGAGUGCGAGAAGAGUUCCGCGACAACAUAUUUCUGGUACCGUCAGACACUGGACAUCACCAGCACCAUCGACCACAGCGGAGGCCUGAACUGGAAGAUGGUGCUGUGCCUGUUGGCAGCAUGGAUAAUCGUCUGCCUGGCUGUGAUCAAAGGCAUCCAGUCCUCUGGGAAGGUGAUGUACUUCAGCUCCCUCUUCCCCUACGUGGUCCUCUUCUGCUUCCUGGUGCGCGGGCUCAUGCUUAAAGGGGCCGUGGAUGGAAUUUACCAUAUGUUCACGCCAAAGCUGGAGAAGAUGCUGGAGCUGCAGGUGUGGAGGGAGGCGGCCACCCAGGUGUUCUUCGCCCUGGGCCUGGGCUUUGGCGGGGUCAUCGCCUUCUCCAGCUACAACAAGCGCGACAACAACUGCCAUUUCGACGCCGUGCUGGUGUCCACCAUCAACUUCAUCACCUCCGUGCUGGCCACGCUGGUGGUGUUCGCUGUGCUCGGCUUCAAGGCCAACAUCAUGAACGAGAAAUGCGUAGUCGAUAAUGCAGAGAAGAUUCUGGGCUUCCUGAACACAGGGGUGCUGAGUCACGACCUCAUACCUCCAAACGUUAACUUCUCACACCUCACCACCGAGGAUUACGCCGAAAUGUACGGCGUCAUCAAAACGGUCCGAGGCGACAGCUUUGACCAGCUGGGCCUAGACGCAUGCCUCCUAGAAGAUGAGCUCAACAAGUCAGUACAAGGCACAGGCCUGGCCUUCAUAGCCUUCACAGAGGCUAUGAUUUAUUUUCCAGCCUCCCCCUUCUGGUCCGUCAUGUUCUUCUUCAUGCUCAUCAACCUGGGCCUGGGCAGCAUGAUCGGCACCAUGACCGGCAUCACCACGCCGGUGCUCGACACGUUCAAGGUGCGCAAAGAGUACCUGACAGUGGGCUGCUGCAUCGUGGCCUUCUUCUGUGGCCUUCUCUUCGUGCAGCGCUCCGGGAACUACUUUGUCACCAUGUUUGAUGACUACUCUGCUGGGCUGCCACUCACCAUAGUGGUCAUCCUCGAGAACAUCUCAGUGGCCUGGAUCUACGGCAGCAAGAGGUUCAUGCAGGACCUGGAGGACAUGCUGGGCUUCCGGCCGUACUCCUUCUACUUCUACAUGUGGAAGUAUGUGUCCCCGUUCUGCCUCAUCGUUCUCAUCAGCGCCACCCUCAUUGAGAUGGCCCUCAAGCCGCCUGGGUACAACGUCUGGGUGCAAGAGCUGGCCAUGGAGCAGUUCCAGAGCUACCCGCCGUGGGCGCUCGCCAUGUGCUUCUCCCUGGUCGGGGCGGCCAUGCUGCCCCUCCCUCUGGUCUUCAUCGCCCGCCACUACCACCUGAUCCCCGACGGCUCCAACAAGCUCUCCGUCUCCUACAAGAAGAGUAUGAUGAAGGACAUCUCCAACCUGGAGGAGGACGAGUCGCGCUUCAUCCUCGGUAAAAACCCCAGCGAGACGCCCUCGCCCAUGCCCUCCCACCGCGCCUACCUGGGGCCCGGCAACUCCUCCCCCAUCGAGCUCACCACCACCUCCAUAUCCACCCACGGCUAUGGCACUAGCAGCCAGACCAACACAGGGCCCAAGACCGACUUAUGAUUCCUCCAUCUUCCUCACACACACAUACACACACCGACACAUGUCCUAGCACCACACACACACACACACACACAAACAUACAC